CACCCCUCCUCAUCCCUUUCUCCAAACCGUCUCCUCCCCUGCAGUAUCGGGCAUUCAGUGGACGCGGGGCUAUCUGUUCCUCUGCUGCGGUUUGCCACAGCUCGCAAUGCAAGCGUUCCAGCUCACGUGCGUGGUGGCUGUGUGGGUUUUGUCUUGUUUGUGUGACUGUGCAGUAAGCUCCCAAGAAUCGUGUGCUAAAGGUACUACUACUGACACUUUAGAUUCGGUCACCUGCAACAAGAAAUUUUCUGUCCUGCUCGAAACGGCUACUGAACACGAAAGAAGCGAUGAUACGUCCCCUACGCUUGAAGGUGCCGAACCCAAUAUUGCUUGGCCUGAACAGGACGCGGCAGUUGCAGACGAAGAAACAACAGUUCUUCCCGAGGCAACUAAACGCAGCAGAUGCCCCGACAGACCCACAAGUGACAAAUCCUCUACUGCUGUUAAGUUGCAUGGAUCUUGGAGAGUGGUGGCUGCAUACUCGAGAGACGAGAUGACUGCAUUUUGCCCGGAACUUCACAUGUGUCUCGACCCCGCUGACAUGAAAAAGAUGACUGUAUUUUGGACGAAAGCAGAACCAUAUAGGGAUGUCUUGCCUCGAGGACAGAUGAUAUUGGAGAAUGACAAUUUAGUGAUCUCUGAACGGUACGACGAACUGGAAGUGCUGAAGCUCGAUGACCAGUUCCUGAGCCUCAGAGUGUCGAACCCAGACCUCCAGCGGACGUUCAUCCUCUCUCCGGUUUCGGACACAGUCGCGGACGAAGAGAAAGAGUCGCAUGAAGAGGAAGUGGAGAGCAACCUGUUUGGCCUACUCAUUCCGAAACAUGUAGAAAUGCAGAUGUCUGAUGGCCCAGAGUGGUACAUCUGCUCUUUGGCUGGCUUUCCUGUGCGGUCAUCGGCAGAACAAUUGUUAUAACAGUCGGGUGAAAUUCGACCAAUUAAAACAAGAUAAAUUCACGCCUAUUGUCAAAUUUUAAAUUUAAUCUAAAAUUUACAAAGUCUGAUUAGUUUAUGAAUUACAUUGUUAAUGAAAUUUGUUUCAAUUUUUACAUAAUAAAAUUUUCAAUUUAAUAA